AUGGAGGACAGAACCACCGACAGGAUACAGCGAUGGACAGAACUACCUAUUGGUGACACAGUGAUGGAGGACAGAACUACCCACAGGAUACAGCCAUGGAGGACAGAACUACAGACAGGAUACAGCCGAGAUGGAGGACAGAACUACCGACAGGAUACAGCCACGGAGGAUGAACUACUGACAGGAUCCAGUGAUGGAGGACAGAACUACCGACAGGAUGUGGGCCAGCGAUGGAGGACAGAACUACUGACAGGAUACAGUGAUGGAGGACAGAACUACUGA